AUGGACAUCCCCGAUGGCCUCUUGAGCCACAUCCCAUGCCCAAACGGCGAUGGAUGCAAGACUGUGCGGUGUCUCUUUGGCCAUGCCGGUAGCCAACCGAUUGGCGCACCCACUGCAGGUUUAGAUGGCGCGUCAACAGCCGUAACAUCGGCUGCCGCGUCGACGGGUAAGCACCGCUCAAGCUUUAGCGACGAGAGCAGCCUCGCCGAGAAACGACCGAAAAUUGAGCACAUGGAGAAGACGGUCAACGACAAGCGGUCGACGUCAAGCAGUCUCUCCAAAAGCUCGUCCUCGUCAUGGACCCAGAGAUCAUCCAAAGGCUCUUCAGAAAGCUCGACAAACAGCUUGUUUUCUGUCAGCCCCGUUGUCUCUCACGAUGCCGACCCCUCUCUAUCUGCACUCAAACGGCCCAUCUCACCACCGCCACUAAAGCGGCGACAAAGUCAAGUAGCAAGUGUCGCUGAUACACCCUCGCCGGCCGCCGUCACUGCCACCGCCACCGCCGGCCAAGCCCCUACCUCUGUCACGGCUGCCAAGCCCUCACAGUCUGUGCCUUUGGCACCCUCCAACAACACAACCAGCAGCAAGCCAGUACCACCAGCACAGGAGAAACGGAAGCCAGAAACGCUCAAUCCGCGUUAUGUGGCCAAGGCGCCUGCAAAGCACGAGAUUCGCCUGCGGCUCGUCAAGCUGCUACACCAAGAGUUUUCCCGUCUGAAUAAGCUUCUUCAUGCGUCUGCAGAGCACCCCGAGGAUAGGAAGCACUACUUGCUGAGCCCACAGGGCCUAAUCUGGGCGGCCCUCGAUGUGGAAGAGCACUAUGCCACCACCAAGUCAUCCACAAUCUAUUCGGACACGAUCAAGCACCGCAUCAUGGAGUUCAAGCGGAUGACGGUGGUCCAAUGGGUCAAGGAGCGGAAGGAAACAAAAGAAGCGGCGAGACGAGCCCGCCAAGCCGCAGGUGUAUCGACUCCCGCAGCUGCGCCAGCAGCGUGCGCCAAAACGCCACAUACCACAGAGCCCGCUGCCGCCACGACCGGGACUUCCGCAACGUCCCCACCGCCUCCGAUUGUCACAGGCCUCCCGCCCGACCAGGAACUGGUCCUUCUCCAAAGGCACUUUGUAACCCCGACUGACAAGCUUGGGAACCAGGGUUAUGUUCCGAGCGUGCCCUCCGACGAGGACAUUCAAAAGGCCCGCGACGCCGAGGACGUCUCAAAAGGCUGGGAGCAAUGUGAGCGCUGCACUCGCCGCUUCCAGGUGUUUCCGGGCCGCCGCGAAGACGACGGCGCACUGACGUCAGGCGGCAAGUGUCAAUACCACCCGGGUCGGCUGAACCGUGCGACCCAAGUGUUCAGCUGCUGCAGUGCAUCUGCCUCGGACGGGUCGCCGGGCUGCGAGACGGCGGCCAGCCACGUAUUUAAAGCAAACGACGCAAAACGCCUGGCGUUACUGUGGAAUUUUGUCGAGACACCGGCCAACCCCGACCCCAACGUACCGGUUGACCAGGCCGUCUGUUUUGACUGUGAGAUGGCCUACACGGUGUACGGCAUGGAGGUGGUGCGGUUGACAGCGACGUCGUGGCCGAGCGGCGAGCUGCUGCUAGACAUCCUCGUGCGACCGUAUGGCGCCAUUAUCGACUUCAACUCGCGCUUUUCGGGCGUAUGGCCGGAGGACUUUGCGGCGUCUAUUCCUUAUACGCCUACAGCAGCAGCCGACGCAGCGACGAAGCGCGGCGCGGCAAAUCCCAAGGGAACAGACGAAACGUCAACGAAUCGGCCGCCAAUGCUUAUGGCCUCGUCGCCCGAGGCCGCUCGCACACUUUUCCACGAGAUAAUACGGCCAGAGACGGUGCUCAUUGGGCAUGCACUCGAGAACGACCUCAAGGCCAUGCGGAUGGUGCACCCACGCAUUUCCGACACGGUCCUGCUGUUCCCCCACCCAAAGGGAUUGCCCAUCCGGUAUAGUCUGCGGGUGCUUGCCAAGGAGCACCUCGACCGAGUCGUCCAGGCCGGCGGCCAUCUCACGGGCCAUGACAGCGCCGAAGACGCGCGCGUGGCCGGCGACUUGGUGCGUUUCAAAAUCAAGUCAAAAUGGGACGACCUGCGGCGGCGGCAGAACUGGAAGCUCGUUGACGGGGUGAUGGUGCAAGACAGUUGA